CGAAGAGGCGCGGCGGCGGCGCCUUCGCCCUGCCGGCGCCGGUGCGGGCGCCGGUGCGCGGGCGGCGAUGCGCUGCGGGCGGGCGGCGGCAGCGGCGGCGGGGGGGGGCCCGGCCUCCCCCCCGGCCCCGCGGUUCGGCGGCGGAGGGUAACGCGGAGCAGCGCUCGGCCAUGGGGUGCCUGCAGAGCGUGGCCUGCAAGGCGCGGGUGCGUCGGGAGCAGAUCGUGGUGUCGGACGUGUCGGCGACCAUCGAGCCGGCGGCUACCGCCAUCGAGGAGAGCUCGCCGGUGGUGCUGCGCUACCGCACGCCCUACUUCCGCGCCUCGGCCCGCGUCCUCAUGCCGCCCAUCGCCCGGCGCCACACCUGGGUGGUGGGCUGGAUCCAGGCCUGCAACCACAUGGAGUUCUACAACACCUACAGCGACCUCGGCGUGUCAAGCUGGGAGCUGCCCGACCUGCGAGAAGGAAGAGUAAAAGCCAUCAGCGAUUCGGAUGGCGUGAGCUACCCCUGGUACGGAAACACCACAGAAACCGUGACCCUGGUCGGGCCCACUAACAAGAUCUCCAGAUUCUCAGUGAGCAUGAAUGACAAUUUCUACCCCAGCGUGACGUGGGCUGUCCCUGUGAGCAACAGUAACGUGCCGCUGCUGACCAGGAUUAAAAGGGACCAGAGCUUUACUACGUGGCUGGUGGCCAUGAACACCACCACCAAGGAGAAGAUCAUCUUGCAGACUAUAAAGUGGAGGAUGCGAGUGGACAUCGAGGUUGAUCCCAUGCAGCUGCUGGGGCAGCGGGCACGGCUGGUGGGGAGGACUCAGCAGGAGCAGCCCCGGAUCCUCAGCAGGAUGGAGCCCAUCCCACCAAACGCACUAGUGAAGCCUAACGCCAACGAUGCCCAAGUCCUCAUGUGGAGACCCAAGCGAGGGCAGCCUAUAGUCGUGAUACCUCCCAAGUAGAGCGGCGCCGGGGUGUGUGCACGAGGGCCUGGGUGCUGUCAGCCUGCUGCAGACGGAUGGGGUUUCUGAGCCAAAGCAGAUCUCUCGGGUCCUCCAGCCUUUGUAGCUGCGCUUGGAAACGCAGCUUCUCCUCAGUCGGAAAGAGAGCCUGGCUGGCCCCGGGGGUGCGGAGGAGGGAUCGCUGAGCUGGAGGAUUUCCCAGGGAGCGGAAUCGAGUACUUCGAGGGGCUUGUGGCUGGGAAAGAGGCUGUCUGACCUGAACAGACUCGUCUUCCCUUGCAGGGCGAUGCAAGGAUUGUGAGUGCGAUUGAACCGUGCCUGUGGCAAACGCUGCUUUCCACUCAGCUGGAGGUAGAAGCGGAGGCCGCGCCCGCUGGGUGCGGAGGGCUCCUGUGGUGACCCUUCCCACCAGGGCGCGGGUGUCCCUGCAGUGUCUAUACCUAUGCAUUUCGGAUUGAUAAUCCACGUCUCGUCCUGCACGCUGGGACUGGGCGGGAGGGCCCAGGAGUGGCGCGGGUGCUGGUAGCGCCGGGGUGCUGAGCUGGAGCCCGGCGCUGGCUGGGGCUGCGGCCCAGGAGGGGUUUUCUGCAGCUGAGGGGGAGUGGGACACAUUUUGCAUGCGUCGGGGUGUGUUUGGAGUAGUUGUGAGUGUAGGAGAUGCCAUAGCUCUUUUCUGUCUUGGAGUGAGAUCUAAGGGCAGGUUAGAUGUCCUUUCGUUUUAAGGUGCACUAGUUCUUUGCAGUUCCUCAACCUCCCCGCCCCCAAAUCCCGCUGCCUUCUCUCACGGAAGCAAACCCCAUUCUCAGCCGAGUGAGAAAUCGGGAGCAGUCCCCGUUCACCCGGCCCAGGUGCUUGCUAACUGUGUGCAGGGGGUAGCCAAACCACCGUGGAGGCACCCCGGGACUCGCACGCUUCCACUGCAGGCACAAGUCCCUUGCAAGAAGUUGGGUGCUUGCUCAUUUCCCAUGCAAAUGCCAGCUCACGUGGAGACCCUCCUCCUCCUCAGCCACCCACAGAGUGGAGUGCUUAAAGGCAGGGAUGCCGGUGGAGGGGACAGCAUUGCCCCAGGCUCUGCAGGGAUGGGGGUCUCCUCUCUGUGGGUCGGAGGCAGGGGCGUGAGCAGAGGCUGUGUGGGGCAGGCCUGGGUUUGCCCGGGAAGGAGGAGCAGGCACUGCCUCCUGCUGCUGCAGGUGCUUGGGAGGCAGCAGGGGGCUUAGCUUGCCUUUCUCCUUGCCCCUUGCUGCCUGGAUGGCUGGCAUCGACUGGUCUGUGGUGUGGCACUGUGGGCUGCAACCUGCAAUUCCCAGUGUCUCGCCCUUGAGAUGCAGCAGAGGCGUAAGUCAUGGCUGUGCUGCCAGUGCCCCAGGCACCUGUUGCUCCCGGGUUACGGCUUUUGCUGCUUUCUCUGCUCCAUCCACCACCCCAGCGUGAGCCCUGUGACUCCUCUGGCUCGCACCCCUGCCUUCAUGCCAUGGGAGGUUUGCGCUGCCCUGGGGAUGCAGGUGAUUCCCACUGGGAGAGUCCCAUCUUCUGUCCUGCUGCCAGGAGAGCCCGGGGAGGAUGGCCGUGUUCGGCACUUGGGUGCAAAGCCUUU